ACAUGGGACGUUAAAAACAUUUUAAACAUAUUUUCUUAUAUAAAUUAUACCGAUUGUCAGAUAAGCUAUGUAAAAAAUCUAAAUUAAUAUAAAAAGGGUAUGCUGUAAAUAAAUAUAAAAAAAGGUGAAAGCGAAACAUGGAAUACCACAACCGUAGAAAUCGUAGAGGAAGAAUGCGAGCUCGUCCACCGUUGCCUGUGACGCGUUCGCCAAAACAAUCGUUUUUGAGCAAUUUCUACAAUUUCAUCAUAAUGACAAGUUUAGUUAUGAUCGUGUAUUUGAUGCUUGACUAUCAUUGCAAUAUUUGUAGCAAGAAAUGUGACAUCCGUAAUAUAACCAGAGGAAUCCGUGAUAUUACGCAUAACAUUACCCACAUAGAAAAAUCUUAUUAUGAUUUGGAAAAAACGUUACAAAAAAUAUCGUUUGAACUGCCUAAAAUUGAAGGGCAAAUUGAAGUUUUGGAAGUUUUAGCAAACACGAUGGAAAAAGGCGACUAUGCUUGGAAUCCUAAAAAACACUUACCUUUGCCUAAUGUAGAUGUGUUUCUUAAUAAAUCUGAAAAAACAUCUGUAAAAGCUUCAGAAUUUGGUAACUUAACAAAAAAAGGCCCAAAACGAACAAAAAGUAACAAGGAUUGACUAGAAUUGGAUAAUGAUUUAAAUGAUGAAUUACGAAUUGCAUG